AUGGACAAGCUUACUGCUAAGGUUGGUGCUACAAUCUUCAAUAAUACAGAUUUUAAAAAGAGGUUGUGUGCCAUUGUGUGGACCGAUUCAAUUCUACCUGAUAAAUUUGGAAGUGAGUGGGCUACCAUAAUGAACGAUUUUAACUUGGUUGAUCAUGAGUGGCUGCAGUCAGUUUAUCAAAUAAGGGAUACUUGGAUACUGGCUUAUUAUCGUGAGGAGGUCAUGUCUGGGCUUAUCCCGUUUAGAGAGAAGAAUGACCAUGACACUAGAAAUACUAACACUGAAAUAUGGGCUGAAGACUUUGUUUUGGAGGAUCAAGCGUCCAGGACAUACACACGCGCUAUAUUUUUUAACCAGCAGUUGGAGAUACAAAACGGUAUACACAGAUGUGCUAUCAGAAAGUGGGAAAACAUGGGUGUCUUCGUUAACUUUUUUGUGAAGGACUGGGAACAACCAUGCACUACUUUCUUCGAGGUUAUGAUGCGAGAGGACGACAUGACUGUGUAUUGUACAUGCAAAAGAUUCGAACAGUUUGGGUUGUUGUGCUCACACAUCUUUUGUGUGCUAAGGAUGCUUGAUAUUAGGGAGUUUCCACAACGCUAUAUAUUACGACCUUGGACUCGGGAGGCUGUUCCAAAUAGUGCCCCUGGUGCUAUUCUAGGUAUCAAUGAGACUGAGGAUCAUUAUAAUGAAGUUAACCGUGUUGUACGUGAGAUCAAAUAUUCUACGGAGUCGGUUAUUAACAAGCUUGUCACCAACUUUGAUGCGCUAUGCUCGUUCAAGGAUCAUGUUGUUAACUAUUUCAAAACUGCGGAUGAGUCGGUCGUCAAUGCUCCACCUAAGAGGCGUCGUGAAAGGUUUGCCGAAAUUACUGGUAACACAAAACCAUCAGAUGUAAUCGUUCGUGUUCCCAUUGGAACAAGAUUCAAAGGUAUGGGUAAGACUAAACGGAUGAAGUCCAAACGUGAAAUUGCUAUAAGUCAGUUGGGUAAAAAGAGUCGUCAGUGUCAAAACUGUUUUAGAUACGGGCAUAACAGACGUACUUGCAAAAACCCUACCCGGACUAAAGAACAAGCUAUGGCCGAGGAUGACGGUGAAGAAGCUGGUGAAGUUGAUGAGGAGGAAGAUGAAUGGGAGGAAGUUGAAGAAGAUAUGGAUGAACAAGAUGAGGAUGCAUUAGACGAGGAGGAUGGGGUAGAGGAGUAG